AUGAUUAAUAUCUCAAAUGCAAAUGCAUCAGCUACAUGGUCUUCUGCUUCUACAAAUCUUGCUGGCAAUCCAAGCGCUCGAACAAAUACAAGAACUGUAAUAGAUGGUAAAGGAAAAUUAUACAUAUGGGGCGGAAUGGUUGAUCUUACUGGACUAUACGAUAAAACAAUGUACAUUUAUGAUACGACGACAUCUUCUUGGGCUAGAGUUACGCCACCAAAUGCACCCGAACCAAGGUUCAGUUAUUCUGCAACGCUUUUACCAGAUGGUCGUAUUAUUUUUAUUGGUGGUAACGUGACCUCGUCAAAUAACUCUGUAUCAGCAGCAGACAUAAAUCAAGUUUUGAUAUAUGACACUAAUGUAACCCAAGCUUCUCCGUGGAAAAUUAUUGUAGACCGAAGAGGUCAUGCAGCCGUACUUGGUAAUCCAAUCAUCAAUGAGCCUACUGCACUUUUCGUAUUAGAUACCAGAAAAUUCAUAUGGAAACAAAUCAAUGGAAUAAAUCAACCUAAAGGAAUUCCUGCAUACGCAACUGUAACAUUAUUCCAAAAGUAUAUGAUUGUCGCAUUUGGCGAUUAUUAUGUUUCAGAAAAAGGAAGCAGCAAUUUGACAAUUUUGAAAAUAGAAGAUGACACAUACACUUGGGUCAAUGAAUAUAUAACAGCCCCACAUGCCAGUCCUCUGACUCCUGUUCCUCUUAACAUAAUUAUCGGUGCUGUGCUCGGCUCAGUUGGAAUUCUUAGUUUGAUGGGGCAUGACUUAAAUGCUCAUGAACAUUCGACUGAAGUAAGACAUAUAACAGAAGCAGUCAAACGUGACUUAAUUGCUCAUGAACAUUCGACUGAAGUAAGACAUGUAUCAGAAGCAGUCAAACAUGACUUAACUGCUCAUGAACAUUCGACUGAA